GGUGUCCAGACUAGGAAGGGAAAGGUUUCAGCAAUGGCCGGGGGCCGGAAGUUGGAGCUGACAGAGGCCUUAACUCUGGGGCCUGGGUGGCGGCAUGCCUGUCACGCGCUGCUCUACGCGCCCGACCCGGGGAUCCUCUUUGGCCGCAUCCCACUGCGGUACGCCGUGCUGAUGCAGAUGCGCUUUGAUGGGCGCCUGGGUUUUCCAGGUGGCUUCGUGGACUCACAGGACAGCACCCUGGAGGACGGACUGAACCGUGAAUUGCGCGAGGAGCUGGGCGAGGCGGUCUCUGUCUUCAGCGUGGAGCGCACAGACUACCGCAGCUCACAUGCAGGGGACAGGCCACGCGUCGUAGCUCACUUCUAUGCCAAACGACUGACGCUAGAGCAGUUGGAGGCUGUGGAAGCUGGAGCACCAAGAGCCAAGGACCACGGGCUGGAGGUGCUGGGCCUGGUUCGGGUGCCCCUGUACACCCUGCGGGAUGGUGUGGGAGGCCUCCCUGCCUUCCUGGAAAAUUCCUUCAUUGGUGCUGCCCGGGAGCAACUACUGGAAGCCCUCCAGGACUUGGAACUCCUAGAAUCUGGCUCUGUCUUGGGCCUUAAGACUCGAGUUCAUCAGUAGAGGAAACCCACUGUAGACUCCUAGAACCUAAGAUCAAGAUCUUGAAGUGGGGGUGGGGGCUUCCUUCUGGGCCUGUGAGAUGAUAGAUGAUACUGUAUUAAAAGUGGGAGAUGUGUGUGAUAUAUGUUUUGAGCAGUGGGCUCUCCCAACUCAUAGCAUCAGGCAAAUAUCCAUAGCUCAUCCUAGGGGCCCUGGCAGAGUCUCAAUCAGCUUCUUCCCUGUACAUGAGUACAGUGUGGAACCCCAUGCGCAAGCAUGUCCAGUCUGUGACCACACACAGUUUGACACGCCCCCUGCCCCAGCUUGUCUAGUUUAACAAGGAAGUGGCAGUUGUGGUGCCUGCCUUGUCACCAUCCCUUCUUCCUGGGGUGGAGCUUCUGAAGCAGAGGAGAAUCUCUUUCCCCUGUCCUUCAUGGCUGUUCUGCAGGGUCUGUCCCACUUCUUGCUUGUUAGGCAGAAUAGCAGCAGAGGAUCCUCUUACUUGAGGGUUGGCCCAAACGUGGGUUCCUGGAAGUGGGAGGAGGUCGUUACCAAUCACCCUACCCUUUUCUUCCCCUGAAAGUGAGCAUGAGCAGGUGGCAAGAUCUUCUUGGGCUGAUCUUGGACUUGAGACCCGUGAAUUCUGGUGCCUCUGCUCCAGGACUUUGACCUCAAGUUGCCUUAGUCUCUGUGAAAUCAGAAGGGAACUAGCCCAGCCCCUGCAUGCCCUACUCACCAGGAAGACUGAUGGUAAUAGGGCUGAUGGCUGGACCUCCAUGCCCUCUAGUGUUUUCAGCAGGUAUUAGUUAUGCACCUACUAAGUUCCAAGUCCCAAGAGAUAUAGAGAGGGAGAUAGAGCCCUUAUCAAUACUGGAACAAGGGCUGGACAAACAGUUCUUAAGGGCCAGACAAUAAAUAUUACAGGCCUUGUGUGGCACCUGGUUUUUGUGGCAACACCUUAACUUUGUCGUGUCAAUUAUCUGUGCAAUAUAUAAAUUAAUUUGUGUCAUUGUGUCCUAAUGAAACCCUAGUUAAAAUACCAACAAUAGGUGAUUUGUGUCUGGACCGUAAUUUACUAAAGCCUGUUAUAGAAGGGAAAAUAAAAUUAAUAUUAAUUGGA